GAGAAGAUGGCGGACGACCCUAGUGCUGCUGACAGGAACGUGGAGAUCUGGAAGAUCAAGAAGCUCAUUAAGAGCUUGGAGGUGGCCCGCGGCAAUGGCACCAGCAUGAUAUCAUUGAUCAUUCCUCCCAAAGACCAGAUUUCACGAGUGGCAAAAAUGUUAGCAGAUGAAUUUGGAACUGCAUCUAACAUUAAGUCACGAGUAAACCGCCUUUCAGUCCUGGGAGCCAUUACAUCUGUACAACAGAGACUCAAACUUUAUAACAAAGUACCUCCAAAUGGUCUGGUUGUUUACUGUGCAACAAUUGUAACAGAAGAAGGAAAGGAAAGGAAAGUCAAUAUUGACUUUGAGCCUUUCAAACCAAUUAAUACAUCAUUGUAUUUGUGUGACAACAAAUUCCAUACAGAGGCUCUUACAGCACUAUUUUCAGACGACAGCAAGUUUGGCUUCAUUGUAAUAGAUGGUAGUAGUGCACUUUUUGGCACACUCCAAGGAAAUACAAGAGAAGUCCUGCACAAAUUCACUGUGGAUCUUCCAAAGAAGCAUGGUAGAGGAGGUCAGUCAGCCUUGCGUUUUGCCCGUUUAAGAAUGGAAAAGCGACAUAACUAUGUUCGGAAAGUAGCAGAGACCGCUGUACAGCUGUUUAUUUCUGGGGACAAAGUGAAUGUGGCGGGUCUUGUUUUAGCUGGAUCAGCUGACUUUAAAACUGAACUAAGUCAAUCUGAUAUGUUUGAUCAGAGGUUGCAAUCAAAAGUUUUAAAGUUAGUUGAUAUAUCAUAUGGUGGUGAAAAUGGAUUCAACCAAGCUAUUGAGUUAUCUACUGAAGUCCUCUCCAACGUGAAAUUCAUUCAAGAGAAGAAAUUA